UCCAGGAAGUAUGACGUCAGGCUGCUGUUAGCCAGCUAGUGAUGGCUGCUACAAUGAGGCUUGUCAACAGAACCACUUUAAGAUUAAGAAUGGGCCAGCAAUAUAUGUCGUUCAGCUCCGCACCAAAGGAGAAGACGGCAUGUGUAAAAGCUGCUCAUGCUCUCCCACAAACGGUGAAAAUAGUGGAAGUUGGACCCAGAGACGGUCUUCAAAAUGAAAAGACUGUCGUUCCAACAGAGGCAAAAAUCAAUUUAAUUAACAUGUUGUCAGAGUCUGGACUUCCAGUCAUUGAGGCCACCAGCUUUGUGUCCCCUAAAUGGGUUCCUCAGAUGGCAGAUCAAGUGGAGGUAAUGAAAGGUAUCAUUAAGAAACCAGGAGUGUCUUAUCCAGUCCUCACGCCAAACCUGAAAGGUUUUCAAGCUGCUCUAAAGGCCGGAGCUUCAGAGGUGGCCAUAUUUGGUGCUGCAUCUGAGCUGUUUAGUAAGAAGAACAUAAACUGCUCUGUGGAGGAGAGUUUACAGCGCUUCGAGGAGGUCAUGAAGGCAGCUAAAGAAGCUGCUGUGCCAGUUCGGGGUUAUGUCUCGUGCGUUGUGGGAUGUCCGUAUGAAGGGCAGGUGGCGCCUGAAAAAGUUGCACAUGUGGCGAAGCGCCUGUACUCUAUGGGUUGUUAUGAGAUUUCUCUGGGUGACACUAUUGGAGUGGGGACUCCUGGAAGUAUGACUAAAAUGUUGGAAGCGGUGACCAAAGAGGUGCCAGUUAGCGCUUUAGCUGUUCACUGCCACGACACUUAUGGCCAGGCUCUGGCUAACAUCCUCAUAGCCUUGCAGAUGGGAAUCAGUGUGGUGGACUCAUCGGUAGCUGGACUGGGGGGCUGUCCGUACGCUCAGGGGGCUUCUGGGAAUGUUGCAACUGAAGAUGUUGUUUAUAUGCUGCAUGGACUUGGAAUUCAAACCGGAGUGGACCUCUCGAAGCUGAUGGAGGCUGGAGCUUUUAUCUGUCGAACCAUCAACAGGAAGACCAGCUCCAAAGUGGCACAAGCCACCUGCAAACUGUAGACAAAAAAAUGGUGGCUUUUUCCUAGGCUAUAUCAUCCUCAGUUUCCAAAAUAAAAUAUGGUUUGAUUCUAAAAUUUGUUGUUAAACAUUGUUUUCUGUAUUGAUAAUUAUAGCAUAUUAGUGCCUUAUGUAAAAUCUGUGAUUCGUAAGAGCACUUCUCUUUUAAAGGAAUGCGUUUGUCAAGUUGUGGUCAGUGGAUGAAGAAUGGACUUAACUUUAAGUUUCUAAUGACACAUUUUCAUGUAAAUACAGAUUAUAGCACUAAUAUCACAGCAGAAGAUUUAGUUCAGGAUGUACCUGUGGAAACCAUCAUGCCUUUGAAGUUUGGACAAUAUAUAAUGGUUAGUGAAACUGUUUCUUUUUAUUAACAUAUUCCUCAAGGUUAUUUAUUUAAAUUAUGUCUUUAAAUCUAAAAUGUACAUAUUUAUGAAAGUUUCAAAAAUAAAACUAUUUUACAG